GCAUCCAGCCCCUACAAACAGGCUAUACUUCCCAGUGCUGAGAAGCCAGCAAGUCACUCUUUUCCACUGACAUUGCGGUUAUAGCGAGGGCCAUGAACAUGCAGCCCAACCCCUGCCAAUGUCCUCCCCAAACACCGGCCCACCACCUAAGGGAUGCUUUCAUUUGGGAACCAUUUCUUCCUAGAUGUUGCAUUUUCUUCCACCACAGGCAGGCAUCCCAGGGUUCUCCAUUGGUGUGGAAUUUGCAUGACCCCACCUACUGCCCUUCCCUUUCAAAUCUGUCUGCAGAACAAACACAGCAGAGGAGGAGUUUGGGGGAUUGACUCCACACGGUGGAAGUUGUAGUUCACCCUGUAUCAAGUCAGAGCACUGUGACUCCUACUGGGGAAUGUAGAGGAGUUGUAGUUCACCUACACCCAGAACACUAUGAACCCAAACAAUGAUAGGUCUGGACCAAACUUGCCAUACAUACCUGAUAGGCCCAGAUGGUGGGUUUUGAGGGGAAUUGGCCUGGACAUUUGGGAGUAGUAGGUACUGGGAUUUAUAGUUUACCUGCAAUGAAUGAGCACUUCGAACUCCACCGAUGAUGGACCAGGACCAAACUUGGCACACAGAGCCCCCAUAACCAAUAGAACAUAUUAGACAAGUUUGGGGGAAAGGGAGUUAUAGUUCACCUGCAUCCAGAGAAACUGGCUCACACCGACAAUGGACCGGGACCAAACUUCGCACAGAGAAGCCGCAUGACCAAAUGAACAUACUGUAGGGGUUUGUGGGAAUGGGUCUUGAUUCUGGGAGUUGUAGUUCACCUGCAUCCAAAGAGCACUGAACCCAGCCAAAGAUGGAUCUGGACCACACUUGGUACACAGACCCAAAAUGGCCAACUUUGAAUACUGGCAGGGUUUGGGGAGGAUUGACCCACAAUUCUGGGAAUUGUAGUUCACCCACUCCAAACUGAGAAUACCUAACAAUCAAAGACAAAUAAUGCCUUUAUCAAAUAACCCCGGAAUCGCCGGGUUCCCAAGCUAGUAUAUAUAUAAAACCCAAAGUACCAGUAUAUAUGUGCAAGGUAUGUUGUUGGUUUGUUUGACCCAUAUGGCUUGAUGAAUCUGGACCAAACUUGGUACAGAUACCCUUCAUUAUCCAGCUUAAAAUAACAAUGGGGUUUGGGGGAGUUGAUAAAGGAUAAUGGGAGUUGUAGUGCAGCCACAUAGAGCAAUGUGAAUCUCAUCUAUGAUGGAUCAGGACCAAACUUUGUACUCACAGUUUUCAUAACCCAACUUAAAAUACUGGCAGGGUUUGGCAGGGGCUGUUAGAGAAUGAUGGAAGUUGGAGUACAGCAGGAGAACGACAUAAUUUCCACCCAUGACCAUGGAUACAGCUCUCCUCCAAAGCAGUCAGACAGCUACUUGCAAGGCUGUGUCUCCCAGCAUCCUUUCCUCCUUCACUAGGCAGGCUUGGGAUGAUGGGAGUUGCAACCCAACAAGAAGGCUAAAUUUCUGAUUGGUUAGGAAAACUGGUUUCCAGACAGGUCUGGGGCUGAUGGGAAUUGGAGUCCACCCACAUCCGGAGAGCCACAUGAACCCUAUCCUUUGGCAGGCAGCCUGGAGAUGAUGGAAGUUGCAGCCCAAGAAGAAGGCUGAGCCCUCUAACUAGUUAGGAGGAAAGCCAUGAAUUCCAUCUCAGCCAGAUCUGAAGCUGAUAGGUGUUGCUGCCUGAUCAUGUCUUGUGCUGAUGGGAGUUGUAGCUCAUCAGCUAUACAAUUUUCUAAAAGGUCCCAUUAUACUGCUAUGCAUUUAGUGAGGCAAUUUAUAAACUCAAAAAGUAAUGAGCAUUUUAAAUAAAUAGCAUUACAAAAUGCCUAACUCAGGCUAUGCCAGGGCUGGGCUGUGGCGCAGGCCGGUUAGUAGCCAGCUGCAAUAAAUCACUAUGACCAAGAGGUCAUGGGUUCGAGGCCAGCCUGUGUCAGGGUGAGCACCCAACAAUUAAAAAAAUUAAAAAUAGCCCUGCUCGUUGUUGACCUAAGCAACCUGAAAGACAGUUGCAUCUGUCAAGUAAGAACAUUUAGGGACCGCUUAUGCGGGGAGGCUAAUUUAACUGAUUUACAACACCGGAUGAGGAAGUACUCCAUCAAAAAAGGACUCGUCGUCACAGUGGAUGAUGAAGCAGCAGCUCCUCCUAUGGCCAGAAUUGAGCAUACCCUCGCAAAGCCAGAAGCUGGGAAGUUAAAUAGUGUCUUGUCUCUGUCUGUGUGUUGUUUGUCUAAUGGCAUUGAAUGUUUGCCAUAUAUAUGUACAUUGUGAUCCGCCCAGAGACCCCUUUGGGGUGAGAAGGGUGGAAUAUAAAUUCUGUAAAUAAAUAAAUAAAUAAAUAAAUAAAUGCUAGUUUGCCAUAAAAUAAUACUUUUCUUACAGGCCACAAUCUAGAUUACUAGUUGUGAAGGUAACCAACAUGUGCUGAAUUAGUCCCAUAAUGCCUUCAAUAACUAGAGAGAUUUUUAAUAUGAUUUUUAUUUACUUUUACUAUUUUAAAUCAAUGUGUGGGGGAGGGAGUGGGAGGGAAAGAUAGAAGGAAAGAAAAAACGAGAGAAAGAGAAAGAAGAAAGAAAAGAAGAAAAAAGAGGGGGAUGGAUGGAGGUGGGGGAGAGGGGAGGGGAUACAAGGAGGGAGUGUAAGAGGCAAAUUCGGUGAGGAGGUGUAUUUGCUGUAUUUCUAGGAUAACUAGAGAGAUUUUAAUGUGAUAAUGUCUCUUCUGGAAUGGACAUGUCUAUAUAAUCAUAUUUUAAAAAGCAGCUACCUUAACCCUCUUAAAAGUUGAUGUGUCUUGGUGAAAGUUCAAAUGCACGCAACCCCUCUUUGCUAGUUAUUUUCCUGUUUGCAGUUUAAUGCAUGUUGAAGUGGGAACUCCUACCAUUGCCCAUCUUAUAAAUUGUGUGAACACACCCAUCUUCUAAAGAACCUUCCAGGAAAGGCUGUCAGCGCAAACAUGAGAGUGAAAAUAGCUCAAGGUAUUCAUUUUGUGGCCGAUAUAAAUCACAGCUACCUGGCUCCAACCGGGAAAACAUAUAUGCAUUUUUUUAAAAAGAGCUAGAUCAAUUCCAGUUAAGAACAAUUGCUUUCUUAGACGGCAGGUGGGGAACCAAUUGAAUUAAAGGACACCAGUAGCUGGUUAAGAAAUUGGGGGGGGGGGGGAACUAAAAUAGACUUGAAAACAUUUUUAUUUCAUAGAAACUUGGAAAUAUCUAUGGAGUGUUUUAAAACAGGGAGUGUCUACAUAGAUGAUGCUAUGAGUUAAUGCGGGACUGGGCAAAAGGUAGAAAUCGCUAGGUGGUUUGCACAAGACCAACAAGCAUUUGUGAUGCUCAAUAACUCAACAACAAAAACAAACAUAAGCCACAUUUCUCUUCCUAAAUUACGAAACUAAACUCUUUGGUUAUUAGAUGAAAAAAGACCAGAUUUCUUAGAUAUUAGUCUGAAAGCUCUAACUCUGGAAACAAAACCCUUUGACUGAGCAUGUGCAAAGGGGCACCUUGUUCAACAGUUUUAACAUCCAUGUUCCCAAGCAUUGACUCCGAUUGGUUUUAGAUUCUGAAGUUAAAAUCAAACACAAAUUACAGGUUAUUACAAGCUUCAAUUCUAUCCCAGUCCCUGAUGAAAUGAAGAUUGAAUUGAAACAGUUAAAUUAUUGUUGAUAAACCUUUCUGUUUUUUUUCUACUUCUAUUAUAUUGUUAUCCAAGCUUAUAUAUGACAACUCUAGGGCCAGUUCCACACAGGGCUUAACCCACGCCCAGUCGGGUAUCUUAAAGUCUUUCAGGAAGACCCGGGUCUAAUCCGGUACCUGAUUAAUUCUGGACAAAGCAGGGUUUUCCUGCUUUGUCCCAAAUUAAAUUGGUUUUACGGAGGCAUUGUUUGGAUACCUCUGGUAAAAGUGUGCGAGCUUGUGCAUUAUGGGCCCUGUGUGGAAGAGCCUUAAGACAAAUCUAUAAUGAGGUUUUCUGAGCAAGAUUUGUUCAAAAGAAGAUUUGCAUUGCCUGCCUCUGAGACUGAGAGAUUGUGACUUGCCCAAGGUCACCCAGUGGGUUUUCAUGUCUGAUGGAGAUUUGAAUGCUGGUUUCUCAGAUUCCUAGUACAACACUCAAACCACUACACUCUAUUAAUACUUUAUGCUAGCAGCACUCAAAACAUCAUUAUCACAUAUUGUCACUUAACAUAUGGUUCCAUGUAACUCCUACCACAAUAUGCCAAAGGAACAGAGAACAAAAACAUUCCAAACUAAAAUGUAUCACUAAUGCAUAUUUGCAGAUCUUGGGUGAAAAAUUCAACAGUCUGCAUCAUAUACUGUCCCAGUAGUCUAUGAUCAGAAAGCAAACUUACAAAAAAAAGAAGUUUUAAAUAGGAAAAAGGGGAGAGCAAGAUAAAGAUUAUAUGACCAAAACAUGAAGGAAACUUAACUUCAUGUCAUUCAAAAAGAAGAGGAAGAAGAAGAAAACAGCAUUUUGGAACAAAGUGUGAGGUGAGUCACAAGACCCAUUUACACUGUCCAUUUAAUGCAGUUCAAAGCUACCUUCAAUUUGCAGGGACCAAGAAACAAACUCCCACAAAAGCAUGGAAAAGAAAGCCCUUAAUAUGCACCACUACUCUAUGCUUUGUGUAAUUGCCAUUCAAGUAUCAAACUGGUUCUAGUAUUUCCAAUGGAAUCAUUUUGCACAACAAAAUCAGUUUCUUCAAUAUCGGCUUGAAUCUGUAUUACAUGAUCAAUUUAAAUGUGUCCACAAUCUUCCACCUAUUAUUUUAACAAAUAAAAUGCAGAAUAGAGGGAAAACAUUGUCUGUGGGAAACUGUUUAUAGUACGCAAGCUGAAAGCAUAAUAUUUCAAAGCCAGACAUAGAAUUUAUUAUCAGUCAGGGAAUGUACUGCUGUCAGCACACUGAUUUCCUAACAUAAUAAUAAAAAUUAAUAUAGAGACAUAUAUAGAGUCAGUUUGAAAAAAAAAAGAUGUGAUAUCACAGAUGCUGACUGAACAGGUUUUUUUGUGGUGGAUGGAGGGAUGCAGAUUUUGUUUUAGGAAAAGGGAUUGUUUUAACAGUGGAAUUCCUAGCAGCUGGCCAAUCUGGGACUUGAAGUCCAAACACCUGGAGGAUAAGAGUUUGGAAAACACUGGUUUAAAGGAAAAGCAGGUUUGCCAGAUUUGGAGGUGUAGGGGGACUUGGUCCCUGCCCAGUUCAUAUAGUUGUGCUUAUUACUGGACAAUGUGUGCCUUGCGGGUGGGGUCUGGGUGGCUAAACCUGCCUGGUGAGUCUCCAGGCCUGACUCACCGGAGAGACAGGUGGAGCCCAGCAGUAGCGGCAGCGGCCGUCACACCUGGCCAGUCAGUCCUGCACGAAGCCAAGUCCUGGCAGCAUCAUGGCCCUGAGUGUCACCGUCAAGAGGGUCACCCAGCUGCCGGGGACUGGAGAGAGGCAGGUGCACGUCAGCUUCCGAGGUUUUACUCAGAAGACAAAGAAGAUACAUUGUGAUCAGGAAGCAAUCUUUGGGGAGAUCUUUCGUUGGCCACAUUAUGGAAAAUUUAUUAUGGAAGAGAUGCUAAAAGUUAAAGUUUAUAACUGUAGCAAGGUAUUCAGUAAUAGAUUACUUGGUACACUAAUUAUCAGCCUUCAACACUUAGUAACAUCCGGACGACUAAAUAUCCGAGAGGCUCUUGUUGACAAAAAUCACAGCAUCACUGGAAUCUAUAUUGAAUUAGACCUGCGAUAUCAACCUCCUGAUGGUGCUGCAGGAACAUGGGCUGAGGAAGACUUUGUCUACCAAAUGAAAGACAGUUCAGAAGUGAUAAUCCGCAACCCUGGAUUUGAGGAAUUAGAAGAUGCUGAAUUGAAGCGAGCUGCUGAUCUGGACAGAAAAGCCGCAGCACUUGGCAGACAACUUGUCAAAGGCCUGGAGACUGAUGAUGAUGAAGAUGAUUAUUAUGAUGUAUCCGACAUGGAGUUUUCUGGCAUUGUCUUCACCCCUGUGAAAAGCCGUUCUAGAGUCUUCUCAAAAUGGGAUCUGUUUUCUACUCCUAGACCUCAAAACGUUCAGAUUGGUAUCAACAUAAUUGAAGCCCAGAAGUUGGUUGGAGUGAACAUUGACCCUUUUGUGGUUGUGAAAAUUGGAGAUGAGAAGAGACACACUGCAACUCAGAAGUCAACUAACUGCCCUUUUUACAAUGAGUAUUUUACAUUUGAAUUUCAUGAACCAAGAGAUAUCUUAUUCCACAGACUCAUAGAGAUUUCUGUCUUUCAUUCAAAGAAGAUCCCAUUUCUAGGUACACUCAUAGGGACAUUCAAGAUUGAUCUAGAGACUGUAUACAGCCAACCAGAUCACCGAUUCUACCAGAAAUGGGCUGUGAUUAAUGACCCAAAGGACACCAGAGCAGGAGUCAAAGGCUUUGUGAAGUGUAACAUCUCUAUCAUUGCCCGGGGAGAUGUGAUGGCUUCUAUUCCCACUGCUUCCAGCAGCCAGAAUGAAGACAUUGAAAAGAACUUGCUUCUACCAAAAAGAGUCCCAGCUGAGAGACCAUGGGCCAAAAUUUGCAUCAAAAUUUACAAAGCAGAGGGUUUGCCCAGCAUGAGUGCAGGAAUCAUGGGUGGAUUUUCAAAGAUUGUUGGGGAGAAGAAAGUUUUCAUUGAUCCAUAUGUGCAAGUGACCUUCUCUGGACAACAGGGAGAAACCUCAGUUGAAAGCAGCAGCACAGAGCCAGUAUGGAAUGAACAAAUCAGCUUCAUUGAAAUGUUUCCUCCUCUUGUCAGAAAAAUAAAAGUCCAAAUGUUGGAUGAUGCAAACAUUGGAGAUGUUUCACUUGCCACACAUUUCAUUGAUUUGCAGCAAAUAUCUGACCCUGGGAGAAAUGGAUUUAAUCCCACUUUUGGACCAACCUGGGUGAAUUUGUAUGGUUCCCCUCAGAACUCAGCCUUGCGAGACGUUCACAAAGAUCUCAAUGAAGGUCUGGGUGAGGGCAUAUUCUAUCGGGGCCGCCUUCUCAUGGCUAUAACUGUAGAGAUUUUCAGCACCAUCCAAGCAGCAGAAAAAAAGCCCGUGGAAGCUCUCAAAGGAGCCUUAAGCAAGCUCAAACUAAAGAAAAAGAGCAAAAAGGCAAAGGAGAAAUCCAAAGGCUCUGUCAAAGAGCGACUGCCAAGUCAAGCUGAAAUUGAUAUCUCAGAGGAGGCUGAACAGCCAAAUGAGGUGAUUGUGGAGGUAGAUGAGCUUCAUCCUCUUCCAGAUAAUGCCCUGGGCGUGAAAGAGGAAUUUCUUCUCUUUGCCUCCUUCUUUGAGGUGACUAUGAUAGACCCAUCAAUAGGCACCAAACCUGUGAAAUUUGAGGUCUCAAUAGGAAACUAUGGGAAAGCAGAAGAAGUUGUAUCCAAAGUCUCCAAGAAAGGUGAGAAGGGAGAAAAGAGUGAAGACAAGCAGCCUUUGUUGGAGGCCAGUUCAGAUGAUGAGCUAGAUCUCGAAGUCAUAUCUCCAAGCACACCUUUGCUUGAUAAAUCUGUGACUGUGAGCCAAAGGCCUGAAGCCACUGAAUAUGACAGCUCUUACAAUUGCUUGCCCAUGCUGCACGAGAAGCCAUGUGUUUAUAUUUGGAGCUACUGGGAAGACUACACAUGGAGACUCUACAAUUCCAACUGGAUUGUCAAAAUAGCAGAGCGUUUGGAACAUGGACUAGAAGAUGUGGAAAAGCUGUUGAGGAGACCAAAAUCAAAAGCAGAUGAAAGGCUUCGGCAAGUUCUGGAGGAAUUUGUAGCUGGAUGUAGGCAGUAUUCUCUCAAUGCGGAUAAAAAGCCAAUGACUCGUCCAAAUAACCUUGAUCGAUGCCGGAUGAAAUCUCUCCCACAGAAUGUUAUCCUGUACGCAAAACAGGGACUCCGCAUACGAAGGCGACUCACUCGUACCAACGUCAAGGAGAAAGUCAACGAGGCAAAGACAAUUUUGUCAAAGCUGCGCUUCCUGGCUAAAGAGCCUCAGUGUACUAUCCCUGAUGUCCUGAUAUGGAUGUUUAGCAACAACAAGCGUGUCGCAUACACAAGGAUCCCUGCACAGAACAUCCUUUAUGCAGUAGUAGAAGAAGAAAAAGGAAAAGAUUGUGCGAAGAUCCAGACUAUCUUUCUAAAGGUUCCAGGCUCACGAACUGGAGAGAUCUUUGCAAAACUGGAAAUCUACAUGUGGCUCGGAGUAACAAAAUAUGUGAAGAAUAGCACUGCAGAGCUACCAGAGGAGUUCAAACCAAUCUACGAUCAGGCACAACAGGCUGCAAGGAUCCCGAGGUACCUUCCACCCAGUCAGCUCAAUAGGGAUGACUUCAGUUACUUUCAGCUGCGAGCCCAUUUGUACCAGGCCCGGGGGAUUCUCCCUGCGGAUGAAAAUGGCCUUUCUGAUCCUUUUGCAAGAGUGGUGUUUUCAACCCAGUGCCAGACUUCUAGUGUUUUGGAAGAAACACUUAGCCCGAUGUGGAACGAAUUACUUGUAUACGACCAGCUCAUUAUCGAUGGAAAGAAAGAGGACUUGAAGACAGAGACUCCAAUUGCUGUUGUCAAUAUCUUUGAUUACAAUAAAUUUGGUUCGCCAGAGUUCCUUGGUCGAGCAUUUGCUACACCGCUAGUGAAGCUGGUAGAUGAGCCAUACAGCAAACCUUCUCUCCAGUUUUUUGACAUUUAUAAAGGGCAUAAAGCAGCUGGAGAAUUAAUUGCUGUCUUUGAGCUGAUUGAACUGGAUUAUAGCGGCUACCUAGAGCCCUCAGUGCCUAAUGAUGUAGAUCCCAAGGAGCCAGAAUACUUGGGGGAUCCCCGUUCUGGACGUUUCAUAAUUCCUGAUGGAAUUCGACCAAUCCUUAAGGAAUUCCGCAUAGAGAUAUUGUUUUGGGGCCUGAGAGAUCUGAAGCGUGUGAACUUGUUUGAGGUUGACCAGCCACAGGUGAUCAUUGAAUGUGCUGGGAAGAAAGUAGAAUCGGAAGUGGUUACAACAUACAAAGAGAACCCAAAUUUCAAUGAAAUUGUCAAAUAUGUUAAUGUGGAACUUCCAGAGCAGGUGUAUUUGCACCCACCUCUCAGUAUCUUUGUGGUGGAAAAGAGAGCCUUUGGGCGCUCGGUCAUGGUGGGAACACACAUAGUCUCGCACAUUAUGAAGUUUGCUCCUAAAGAGCUCGAUGAAUUGGAAGAAGAAACAGACAGCCCAUCCAAGAUGCGGAAAGCCUCAGCUCGACCGAACAUCUCCAAAGCGGUAAUGAACCUUGGUGCAACUGCUGGGAAGACUGUCAUAAAUAUUGGUGCUGCUGCCGGGCAGACAGUAAUAAACAUCGGUGCAGUUGCUGGAGACAUCGGUAGCAAAGCAAAUCCCCUUAAGCUUGUAAAGGCCCCUCUGAAGAAACUUCCUAUUGACCAACUGGUUCCCAAGGAAGAAGAAUUUCAGGAAGAGAAGCCUGAGAAAGAAGAGCUGGAUUGGUGGUCCAAGUACUAUGAAUCAUUAAAGGAAUUAAAUAAGCAGUCCAUUAGUGAUGAAGAAGAGGAUGACCCAAAUGAUCCUGAUGGAGGGAAUCUAAACAUUGCUUCCCUGGAUGUGGAUGACAUUGAUAUUGAAAUAGUUGAUACUGAGCCAGUUCGCCCGAAAAGGAAACUUAUAGCUGUAUUACAGAUCUAUAAUUCCGAACUAGAAAAUGAAUUUGACAACUUUGAAGAUUGGCUAUGUAUUUUUCCACUUCAUCGUGGAAAAGCAACUGAAGAUGAAGAUGGAAAUGAUGAGGAUAAUUUUGUGGGCAAAUACAAGGGAUCAUUCUUAGUCUAUCGGGCUGAAGAGGCAGAAGCAGAGCACAAAAUCUCCCAAGGCAUCCCCAGAAACAGACCCAUCAAGGUCCUUGUUCGUAUCUAUAUUGUCAAAGCAACUAAUCUGACUCCAGCAGAUCCCAAUGGAAAGGCAGAUCCCUAUCUUGUUGUCAAAAUCGGGCAACAACAGAAAGAUACCAAGGACAGAUAUAUCCCAAAGCAGCUCAAUCCAGUUUUUGGGGAAGUGUUGGAGAUGUCAAUAUCUUUUCCUGUGGAAUCAGAACUCACGAUAUCGGUAUUUGACCAUGAUUUGGUUGGAUCUGAUGAUUUAAUUGGGGAGACAAAAAUUGACUUGGAGAACCGAUUCUACAGCAACCACAGAGCCAACUGUGGGCUGGCCUCACAAUAUGAUACAGAGGGCUACAAUAUGUGGCGGGAUGCCUUCAAACCCUCUCAUAUCUUGGACAGUUUGUGUAAGAAGAAUGCACUCCCUUCUGCUGAGUACAGACGGGAAGAAGUUAAAGUAAACAACAAGCUUUUUAAGAUCCCUCCUGAAGCUUUCCCUGAAGAAGCCUUUGUAAAAGAUAAGAAAGAAAUGGAUGAUGAAUCCUGGUCUGCUUAUGAUGAACACAAGGCUUUGUAUGUUCUUCAACAUUGGGAAGAAAUGCCAGAGUAUGGACACAAAUUAGUACCAGAACAUGUGGAAGUUCGAUCCCUUUACAAUCCGGACAGCCCUGGUCUCCUACAGGGCUCUCUCCAUAUGUGGAUUGACAUGUUUCCAAAUGAUGUCCCUGCACCACCUCCGGUCAACAUCAAACCACGGCUCCCAAUCAGUUACGAGCUACGUGUUAUCAUCUGGAACACAGAUGACGUGGUUCUUGAUGAUGUCAAUCCAAUAACAGGAGAAACCUCCAGUGACAUCUAUGUAAAAAGUUGGAUUAAAGGGCUGGAGAAAGACAAACAAGAAACGGAUGUUCACUUCAACUCUUUGACUGGGGAAGGCAACUUCAACUGGAGGUUUGUGUUCCGCUUCGACUACCUCCCAACAGAGAAAGAGAUCACGUAUAAAAAGAAGGACUCCAUCUUCUCUUUGGAGGAAUCAGAGUUCCGGGAACCAGCAGUCCUGGUUCUUCAGGUGUGGGACUACGACAGGAUUUCAGCAAACGACUUUUUAGGUGCCAUUGAGUUAAAACUGAAUGAUAUGGUGAGAGCUGCCAAAAGUUCAGAGCAGUGCACCAUCAAGAUGGCCAAGGAAAAAGCCAUGCCCUGCUUUUCCAUUUUCCAAAACAAACGGAUGAGAGGCUGGUGGCCCUUCAUCAAGCUGAAAAGUCAGGAAGACAUUGAAAGGGAAGAGAGGGAGGCUAAACAGAAGAAAAAGAAGAAGAAAAAGAAGAAGUGGAGGAGCUCAGUAAAGCCAGAAGAUGUUGAGUUUUCUGAUCCUAGUGGAAACAUCUUCAUCCUCACGGGAAAAGUGGAAGCUGAAUUCCAGCUACUAACCUUGGAGGAGGCUGAGAAGGCCCCAGUUGGUCUGGGGCGAAAAGAGCCAGAACCCUUGGAGAAACCUAACCGCCCCAAAACGUCCUUCAACUGGUUUGUGAACCCCAUGAAAACAUUCAUCUUUUUCAUCUGGAAACGGUACAAGAAGUACAUCAUUGCGUUGCUGAUCAUUGCAAUCGUGACCAUAUUCUUGGUUCUCAUUCUCUACACAAUGCCCGGAUACAUCAGUGAGAAGAUAAUAAAUGGCUAAACUUGCAGUCCCUUUCCCAGUUGCUCUUCUCUAUUCUUCAAGCUGGGACUUGGCAAAAGAUGAUAACAGCGACUUCUGUGCCAAAGACAUUAAGGAACUCGGGGAGCAGGUUGAUUGUGCCUGGAGCACUUUGAACAAGCACCUGUCAGAUUGCAGCUGUUCACAUCUGUGAUGUGAUGGCAAUAACUUUAGGAAAACCUUAUAAUUUUUUGAAAAAUGUCAGACUUCUGAUUUGCCUUGAAGACUGUCUCACCAAUCAUAAGGAGCUGACCUUACGCGGAUUCUUAUGGUUAACAUUGUAUGUAAAACCUCAAUAUCAAUGGAUAUAGAAGCAACAGAAUCCUGCUAUACCAGUGGUUCUCAACCUGGGGUCCCCAGAAGUUUUUGACCUUCAACUCCCUAACAAAUCCUAACAGCUGGUAAACUGGCUGGGAUUUCUGGGAGUUGUAGACCAAAAACAUCUGGGGACCCUAGGUUGAAAACCACUGUACUAUACUGAAGGGGAUUUUCAAUAUUAUUGUCUGUAAAUUAUGAAUCAAGGGACUGGGGGGAUGGAUAUUCAUAAAUAGAUUUCACAUGCCCAAAACUGGCUAGGUUUUAACAUUAUGCAGUAGAAUGGUGAUAAGCGGCUGUUCGGAUACACAGUUAAAACAAGAUCUACAGAGGAUGUGGUUACUAUGAUUUUGCUCUGUGUGUAAUAUGAUAGCACAUGAGAAACCAGUAUUUGAGCAGUUGGGCUGGUUUUAAAAAUGUGAAACAAUAUAAGACCUUAGAAUUUGGUAAACAAUGCGAAGGAACAUAAUAUUUUAAUAGUUUGCAUGCUUUCUAUUCCACAUAUAUAGAGGUAGACUGUGAGUUUAGUGCAAGUCUAUACAUUAUGUAAAGGCUUAAACCUAACAAAUACCCUACCUCAAGUCCAACAAGCUGAACAUAGUCCAUCAGCCAAAUGUAGUGCCUUUUAAGAUAUUUUUCUUCCUACUUGGCUCUGAAAAAAUAGGGAAGGAAUCAAUCAUCUGGCAAGCAAUUAAGCUUAGUGGGCUACAAGCUUUGUGAACUUCAUAUUUUGAUCUUGCACAACUAAGCAAUGUAACCACAACCCCAUUAUCUCUGUAUUGCUAUACUUAAGAUCAUGGUAAGCAAUAUGCAUGCUAUUCAUUGUAAGAGCGGUGAAACAGCCUCUGAUGGAAUAGAAUGAGUAGAUUACUAGAAUAGCAAUUCUACGUUUAUUUAUUUAUUUAUUGAGACUCUCUUCGCAUCACCUCCCAGCCCACAAGGGCUCCCAAGGCAAUGAACAAAUAAAAAGGAAUUCAAUUACUAUAAAGAUAAAACAUUUUAAAGCACAGUAAAAUGCUCUUUAAAAACCCCUAAAAGCAAUCUUAGAGUCUCAUUUUAAAACAAUGUAAAUAAUGUGACUAACUGAAUGCUAUGGAUAACGGCACCAUUUUGGCUUCCCUCUAAGUAGCUUAAAAGAAAUGGGGCCAGUCUAACUUUCUUGGGCCUGGAGUUCCACAGCUGGAGAGCUGCUAAAGAGAAACGCUUGUUACGUAUACCCAUCAGCCUAUCUUCACAAGUUGUUGGGACAUGCAACAGGGUCUCCUCUGAUGAUCUUUAAUUUCUGGCACACUCAUAUGGGAGGAGGUGGUCUUUCUGAUAACUUGACCACAAGUCAUACAAGGCUGUCAUGGGACCAAUUCCCAUGGCUGAAUUUGCAAGCCCUGGAAUUGGAGCCAUAACAUCAACACUCCUGAAUGUCUCAUGAAAACACCUGGCAGCAGAGCAUGGGAACUCGGGGGUGAAAAUCAUAACAAUUAUAAUGAGUAGUUUGUGUGGGAAUAGUAGAAAUGUGAUACAGGGGGUGGGGUUUGGUGAUGAUAUUUACGUAUGAUGUUACGUUGCAACCAAGGUGAUAAAAUUGCUUGUAUGUAAACAUUAUGUCAUUCUCGACUUUUCCAAGUCGUGUGUUCUUCAAUAAAGAUUGGUUCUGAUA